AUGCCUUACACGGGAGAAGGGUUCAAAAUCGAGAUCCCAUCAAAGUGGAACCCAAGCAAAGAAAUUGAGUAUCCAGGACAACUCCUGAGGUACGAAGACAACUUCGACGCCACCAGUAAUGUCUCUGUUAUGGUCACUCCUACAGACAAGAAAUCCAUCACUGAUUACGGUUCUCCUGAAGAGUUUCUUUCUCAGGUUUCAGCUCUGUUCAUACAACAACAACAACAAAAAUCUAAUCAGAUGGGAAUCAACACAGCUGAUGUGAUUAUGUAUUUGGUUUCUCUCUGUAGGUCAAUUGUCUCCUUGGAAAGCAAGCUUAGUUUGGCGAAACAGCCUCUGAGGUUAUUUCCCUUUCACGAACUCGCAUUUUCAAAACUGCUGAUGGAGAUGAAUGGAGGGAAGCUUUACAUCUGCAAAGCACAGGCAGGAGACAAGAGGUGGUUCAAAGGCGCCAGGAAGUUUGUCGAGAAUGCUGCUACUUCCUUCAGUGUUGCUUGA